UUGGUUUGUCUUUGGUGUGACUCUCAUAACUGCCGUCUGUUCGUUCUCUGCCCAUCUCUUCCCCGUGGAGCUCUGUCGAGGCCAACCCAGCCAAGGGGCCGGGUUACCCACUCAUCUGCUCCAACUGCCUUCCCAGAUCUCCCUUCUCCCUCCUUCUAUGGGGUGAGGGUCCAGGGGCCUGCCCAGCACCAGCCUGUGCUCCUGCGAAUUUCUGCUCUCUGAGGUCUUCUCGCUCCUUUUCCCAUCUGGGUGUUGGAGGCGGAGCCGCCGGCUGGGUUCGGAGCCCCACCCCCAGCUCCCAUCCAAUCACCGUCCCUGCCUCCGGGGGCUGGGCGGACGGGCUGCACUCCAAGCAGCUAGCUCCCGCACUAGGCUCUCAGCCAGGGAUGAUGCGCUGCUGCCGCUGCCGCUGCUGCUGCCGGCAACCACCCCAUGCCCUGAGGCCGUUGCUGUUGCUGCCCCUCGCAGCUGCAGCGGGCCCAAACCGAUGUGACACCAUAUACCAGGGCUUCGCCGAGUGUCUCAUCCGCUUGGGGGACAGCAUGGGCCGCGGAGGCGAGCUGGAGACCAUCUGCAGGUCUUGGAAUGACUUCCAUGCCUGUGCCUCUCAGGUCCUGUCGGGCUGUCCGGAGGAGGCAGCUGCAGUGUGGGAAUCACUACAGCAAGAAGCUCGCCAGGCCCCCCAUCCGAAUAACUUGCACACUCUGUGCGGUGCCCCGGUGCAUGUUCGGGAGCGCGGCACAGGCUCCGAAACCAACCAGGAGACGCUGCGGGCUACAGCGCCUGCACUCCCCGUGGCCCCUGCGCCCCCACUGCUGGCGGCUGCUCUGGCUCUGGCCUACCUCCUGAGGCCUCUGGCCUAGCUUGUUGGGUCGGGUAGCAGCGCCCGUACCUCCAGCCCUGCUCUGGCGGUGGUUGUCCAGGCUCUGCAGAGCGCAGCAGGGCUUUUCAUUAAAGGUAUUUAUAUUUG